UCUCAAAUUCCGUACAGAUUUUGAAUUCCACCGGGGAUGUGACUUCCGAAUUUUCCGGAAAAGAAAAGGUAGCAGACCCGAGCGAAGACGACCCUACAAUGAUUGCGCCUUUACUGGGUUUUGCAAAGCAAGGAUCGGCCAAAGGGAAGCUCUUGUAUGUGAAUUAUGGAAGAACUGAGGAUUUUGAUACACUGAAAAAUAAUUUCAGCAUCGCAAACUGCAGCGGCUACAUUGUCAUCAUGCGAUAUGGACAGAUAUUUCGGGGUGAUAAGGUGAAGAAUGCCCAAGACUGUGGGGCAGUUGGCGCCAUUUUGUACAACGACCCUGAAGAUUAUGCACCAGAAGGUCAAGAUAAGGUUUACCCAAACUACAUUUGGCUUCCGAAAACAGGAGUCCAACGAGGUAGCAUAAGAAGAGGCCGUGGGGAUCCGCUAACACCUGGACUACCGUCUGUCGAAGGAGUGUUCAGAAUACCCGAAGAGAAGGCUGGACUGCCAAAGAUCCCAGCUACACCGAUGCCAUAUGGAGAUGCUGUUAGACUAUUGGAAAUCAUGAAAGGCACAGACGUUCCAGAAAGUUGGAAAGGUGGAUUGAAGAUCUCUUACAAACUCGGAAACGGCGGCUUACAGGACGAUAACACUGUGAAAAUACAAGUUAACGUACCAAACAAACGACAGAAUGCGUAUAACGUCAUCGGCACCAUAUAUGGCAAAGAGGAACCAGAUCGUUGGGUAUUGUUAGGGAAUCAUAGGGACGCAUGGGGAUUUGGCGCAGUAGAUGCGUCCAGUGGAACGUCAGUCAUGAUGGAGAUAUCACGUGGUGUAAGCGAGCUUCUGAAACAAGGUUGGCGUCCAAGACGAACUAUCAAAUUCUGUAGCUGGGGAGCAGAGGAAUCGGACAUAAUAGGAUCAACAGAAUGGGUGGAAGAAAAUGAACGAGCCUUAUCCACAAAAGCAAUAACUUACAUAAACAUAGACGUAGCAGUUUAUGGAAACUUUACUUUUAGUGUGGCUGGCUCCCCUCUGCUGAAGUCUGUAAUUACCAGGAAUGUGAAGGAAGUCGACGACCCACAUGGGCCGAAUGUUUACGAUCACAUGAUAGAAGUGAUGAAAAGUUUUGUUUAUGGAAAUUUGGGUUCCGGAUCAGAUUACGCUAGCUUUUAUCAAUUUUGUGGAGUACCAUCUGUGAGCAUGACCUAUGCUGGUGAGAGAAACUACCCGGUCUAUCAUUCCGUUCACGAUACGUACAAAUGGCUUCAAGGUUUGGUCGAUCCCUACUUCAAAUUCCACCUAACCACGGCAGGAGUUGCCUCGAGACUUCUUAUGCAUAUGACCGACAGUUUUGUGUUACCAAUAGACGUAACACAGUAUGGGAAAUCUCUGGACAGCUCUCUGAAAGUGUUGCGAACAUAUUACGGGAAAGAGCUUGAAAAAAAUAACGUUACCUUGAUUCAUAUCGAGAAGACAAUAAAGAGAUUCAAAGAGGAAGCAGAAAAAUUCCAAGAGGAAAAAGGGAAAGCGCUUGAAGAAAAAGAUGAUGUGAAACUACGAGACCUCAAUGAUCGCAUGGUCAACGUUGAGAAAUCCUUCAUCACCGCCCCAGGCUUGCCUAACCGACCAAUCACAAGACACGUUAUAUUCGCUCCUUCCAAGAACAAUAUCUACGGUAGCACGAGUUUCCCGGGCAUUUUCGAUCUGAUGUUUAGCAAAAAUAAAACGGAACAGGAUUGGUUGGAUAUUAAAGAACAGGCGUCCAUUUUGUUCAAAGCGAUUUCAAGUGCAACAGACUCCCUAAAAGCUGAUGCGAAAUGAAAAACUGAGUAAUAUCAGAGUACAAAUAGAUAUUGUAUUAUUGAGUUGAUUGCACAUACAUUACAGUAUUAUAUUAUAACACGAAGCUUAGAAAACCUAAAGUAUAACACUUAAGUCUUCCU